AUGGCAUCUGGCAUCACCCCAUCAAGAAAUGUUCUCGAGCCCCCUUUUACACCACCGCCGACGGAACACAAGCCUCUAUCGAGAAGUGCCCAAAGCGUGGUCACUUAUUUGCGGCUCCAUCGUGCCAAUCACCGGCCAAGCUCUUGGUGGGAAAUCCGGCUCAAACCAGACGGCUAUCUAGAAGUUUUGGGUGUCCUUGAUGCUGAUGAAAACCUUCGCGGCUAUGUGGAAGACAAAAUACGAUACGAUUACGAUCCCCGUCGCUGCUGUCUGACAAUCCGGAUGCCAAGUCCUGUCCAUGAUACAUUUUGCGCAAGGAUAGCGGAUGAAAUACUCAAACAACUGAGCCAACUCCAGGAAACUGACGGACUUACCGCCAAUUUCGCCAAGCAGAUCCAGCAUUUUGCUACAUCCCGAAUUUUGAUACCCGAAGACACGCACGAUGGUAAACACACAUUCUCGAAACGGGAACCGGAUGCCUCAUUUGGGCAUUGGCAGGCCCUUUACCCCGGUGUAAUCCUGGAGGUAUGCUAUUCACGAAAGAGCAAGCGGAUUUCCUACCUGGCCGAUGAUUAUAUUUUAAACACUGACGGGAGUGUGAACGUGGUGAUUGCUUUGUAUAUCGAUUACCAGGGCUCUAGAGAAGCCACAAUUACUACAUGGCGACCAGAAUAUGCAACGGUAAAUGGUGUGGAGGAAUUUCGGGCCGCCGUGGCGAUAGAAGCACAGCCUUUUCGAACAAACUCUGGACUUGCAACCGAAGGCACAGCGCUACGACUAAGGCUCAGGGACUUCGCGACAGAGGAUCUUUCACGUGGCCAAGUGGGUCUUCAUCGCGAGAUUCUCAUCACAUCGAAGCAGCUUUGCGAUUUUCUUUCAUGUGCUGAAGCACGGCAGCAGAUGCAGACACAGCAGCAAUGUUCGAUAGAUCGAAUACGACCGGGGGCUUUAAAGCGUCGUCGACCUCAAACGCCCCCUGAACAACUAAGCUCAGACAACGAAGGAUCUGUCGGGAGGGGCAAAAAAGGUAAAUAUGGGGGCCAAAGAGGCGACUUUCGCCCAAGCUCUUCGUCUGGAGAUUCGAAGGGUGAGUUGCAUUGA